AUGCAAUUCUCUACUGUCGCCACUUUCGCUGCUGUCGCCGCCGUUGCCUCCGCUCAAAACAUCACCACUGCCACUGCUACUGAAAACGCUACCACCUUGGUCACUAUCACUUCUUGUUCCGAAGACAAGUGCCACGAAUCCGUUUCCCCAGCUUUGGUCUCUACUGCUACCGUCACCGUCAACGACGUCAUCACUGAAUACACCACCUGGUGCCCACUAACCGCCACCACUGAAGCUGGUGUCCCAAAGAACACCACCGUUUCUCCAGCUCCAAAGCCAACCACCACCCAAUCUCAAUCUGAGUACACUGGUGCUGCUGCUAAGGCUUUCCCAGCUGCUGGUGCUUUGGUCGCCGGUGCUGCCGCUUUGUUGUUGUAA